UUUCAACCUUCUCUUUCUCAUUCUCGUUUUGUUUGGUUUUGUGAUAUUUGAGAGUUUUCCUGCUUCCGGUUUUUGGUUUUUGGUUUUUGUGUGAUUUUUAGGGAGAGAAGAUGUCUUGCUGUGGAGGAAACUGCGGUUGUGGAGCAGGCUGCCAGUGCGGCUCCGGUUGUGGAGGGUGUAAUAUGUACCCAGAUCUGCAUGUGUAUGGGGAGAGGACUGUUGAGGCCAGGAUAGUCGAGGCAUCCUCUGAAAUGGGACGCAGAUCCUUGGAGGUCUAUGAAAUGAACGGGGCUGCCGAGAACGGAUGCAAAUGCGGCUCCAACUGCACCUGCGACCCAUGCAACUGCAAAUGAGAGGAGAAAGAAAACCCUUUCAACCCAUUACUAUGAAAAAGAAUAUAUGUUAGGGUUGGGAUGUGUUGUGUCUUUGAAGAUAAAAUAGGUGCUUUGCUAGAGUGAAAUAAGGCAGUUCAGUUGAUCAUGGCAGUCAUGCUUCCUCUGCUUUUGCUGUGUGCUUUCCUAUGACUACUGUACAUAGGACUCUGUGUGUGUCUUGCUUUAAGCCUGCUACUUAUCUACCAUGUAUAUCUACGGAUGCUUGCCCAAUGAAUUGACUAUCCUUGUGCUUUCGUCUUUAUAAA